AUUCAUCAGUGUAACUGUUCGGCAUAUUCGAGAACCUACAGUCCUACACAACAAAAGAGUGGUGAAGUGUACGAGAGAGGGGUUGAUUACGUGGUGUCUAAAAAUAACAACAACAAACAUCUUCCAAAAUUUAAACAAAUUAUAAAAGUAUAAAUAGGCCUCCCAUAAACUUUUGAAACAGUACAACACAUUGUAACUGAUAAUUUAAAACUACUAAAAAUGGAUUCCACUUUCACGCUUGUUUCUGGCAACAAAAUCCCUGUCGUAGGUCUUGGUACCUGGCAAGCCGAGAAAGGUGUGGUUGGGCAAGCCGUGAAAGACGCUAUCGAACUUGGUUACCGACACAUUGACUGUGCUGCCAUUUAUGGUAAUGAGAAGGAAAUUGGUGAGGCGUUCAAAGAAGUAUUCGCUGGAGAUGUCAAGCGAGAGGAUGUAUUUGUGACGUCGAAGCUGUGGAACACCAUGCACGCACCUGAAAAGGUCGAAGAUGCUCUGAAGAAGACACUCAGUGACUUGGGAUUGGAGUAUCUAGAUCUGUACUUGAUCCACUGGCCUGUACACCAAAACGAUGAUGGCAGCUUCCUUCCGUAUGAAGCAAUUCCCAUCGGAGAUACAUGGAAGGCACUAGAAGCGUGUGUGGACAAGGGCCUGGUAAGAGAUAUUGGGGUAAGCAAUUUCUCGGCGAAGAAGGUGAAACAGGUGCUACAGGGUGCACGUAUCAAACCUGCAAUGAACCAGAUUGAGAGACAUGCAUAUCUGCAACAACCCAAACUUCUCGAGUAUUGCCUCAGUGAAGGUAUCCGUGUUACGGCGUACUCACCCUUGGGGUCACCAGGAAAUUCUAUGUACGACUUCAGUGAGAAGGCUGUAAUUGAGACGGAGGCGAUUCAGAAAUUAGCCGAGAAGCAUAAUGUGACUGCAGCACAAGUAUGUAUUAGAUGGGCAAUCCAGAGUGGGACUGUAACUAUCCCAAAGUCAACCAAACGCCAUAGAAUUCAAGAGAAUGCCACUGUUGACUUCAAGCUAAGUGAUGAGGAUAUGAAGGAGAUUGCCGCGCUUGACAAGGGUCAUCGCUAUUGCGAUGGGUCAUUUUGGACCAAGAAUGAACACUACACUCUGGAAAGUCUAUGGGAGGGCACCGAGUAAGAAAUUGCAGUCUGGAUCAAAAAUCCUGAUAUAUACAACUAAUAAAAUUUGCGGACAGUUCUUCUCCGAAAUGCGCGCAAGGUAAUUCUAGAGUAUAA